UUGUUUUUCUAUUUCCAUAUUUUCAGAAUGUGUUCCGCUAUGAAUAGCUCAUAUACGGAUAAUGUCCAUAACAUUAAACAUAUAACCUCAAAACCUCUUAUCAACGAAAAACAUUUAACAACUACUCGGAACGUUAAAUUCGAAACCGAUGACAUUCCCUAUUUAAGUGAAAAAUUCGAUGAGACAGAGGAUAAUAAUUGCGCUCACAUCAAAAUGGAUACAAAUUGUACAAAUGACAACGAUGACCUCAACAAUGCUCUAAAUAAUUGGUCCGGCGGUGGUGGCGGUGGUAGUGGUGGCGGUGGUGAUACAACAGAAGAUGAUAUAGGCUUUCAAGAUGAUAAUAUAUCGCAUGUGGGCUCAGACUAUUCAGAAUUUCAGGCUACGGAGCAAGAUAAUCUAUUUGCUCAACCCAAUCCACCGGAUGUUUAUGGUGGCGACUUAAAUGAUGCCGAUAUUAAAUACAAUCCUGCAGAACUAAUGCUCAGACCACCUUCGGGUUCAGCAAUGCAUUUUAAUUAUAACUUCCCUGCCAUACCAUCACAAACAGAACCUCCACCUCCAACUUCGGUGCAUCGCAGUUCAAAUUUGCCACAUAAUGCGCAAUUGCCAUAUUUAUAUGGUGCUAAUCAUCAUCCAGAUAUGGGCAGCUCUUCAACAUCAGCUGCAGCUGCUGCGGCAGCAUCAUCGUCCGCUACUGGCUCCAAUUAUUCAACAAAUUCACAUUCAAAUCCUGGAUGCUUCCAUCCGAACAUGUGGUAUCCUAAUGCACCUUUUGGUACUUAUAGAUCCUAUGGAUCUCAUGCAUAUGGACGUCAUUAUGGCCCUCAACUAUCCCAUGAUCAUAUGAUGGACAUGUUUCAAUUAUCAAAUAGUGGUCGUGAGGCAAGAAAUCGUGCUGAAAAAAAUAGACGAGAUAAAUUAAAUGGUUCUAUACAAGAGCUUUCAACAAUGGUGCCGCAUGUAGCAGAAUCUCCUAGGCGUGUCGAUAAGACGGCAGUGUUGAGAUUUGCCGCUCAUGGUCUACGUCUAAAAUAUGUAUUUGGCAAAAGUCUCAACAAUGAAUCAACCCAAACUACAGAUGCUCUCAUGAAAUUAUUGGAUAGUUUCUUCCUAACACUAACCUGUAAUGGUCAAAUUGUUUUAGUAUCUUCCAGUAUAGAACAACAUUUAGGCCACUGUCAGGCUGAUUUAUAUGGUCAAAAUAUCUUGCACAUAACCCAUCCAGAAGAUCAUCAAAUGUUAAAGGAAAAACUAAUACCCACAGAUUUAGAUAAUCUAUUUGAUAUACAACCAGAAGAUGAAUCUGGUGAACCUAGACAACGAACACAGGCUGAAGAGGAUGAGAUUGAUAGACGGUUAAGAGAAGAUAAAAGAAGUUUUACCAUAAGAUUAGCAAGAUCUGGUCCCAGAUCUGAACCCACUGUUUAUGAACUGGUUAAAAUCGAUGGCAGUUUUCGACGCAGUGAUAUGGCGCCGAGAGGUUUAAAAACCAGUACAUUUCCCUCUACCCUACAACUAAUGCGACGAAGUCGGGGUCGUGAGGAUAUAAUGCCACUGCAUACCAUCAGUGGUAAUGAUAUUGUAUUAAUUGCCAUUGCCCGCAUAGUACGACCACCGGUUAUAAAUCGUGCCGUGGAGGCCAAUCGUUUGGAAUACAAGACUCGCCAUUUAAUCGAUGGUCGUAUUAUAGAUUGUGAUCAGCGCAUUAGUAUAGUGGCCGGUUAUAUGACCGACGAAGUACGCAAUUUAAGUCCAUUUACCUUUAUGCAUCAGGAUGAUGUACGAUGGGUCAUAGUGGCCCUAAGGCAAAUGUACGAUUGCAAUAGUUCUUAUGGUGAAUCUACUUAUCGUCUUUUUACACGCAAUGGCAAAAUGAUAUAUUUGCAUACCAAAGGUUUCCUAGAGAUCGAUAAGAAUACCAAUAAGGUUCAUUCGUUUAUCUGUGUUAAUACCCUGCUGGACGAAGAGGAGGGUAAACGGCGUGUGGAGUAUAUGAAAAAUAAAUUUUCAGUUAUAAUCAAUACGAAAAUACCUCAAUCUUCGGAUGAUGUACCUGCUUCGGAAAAUCCUCAACAAUUAGAAAAGGCUGUCUUAUGUUUAAUACAAAAUCUUAAAUCGGGCUCAGAUGAUGAUGAUCGCGAUUCGGAGGCGUCCUCAUCGACAUCGUCGUUUUCAACAAAAUCCCAUCAGCAUCAUCAUCACCCAAAUCCUUUUCAACCCUACGGUAGCUCCUCACCGCAAGUAGCGGGUAUGUCCUGUUUAGGGCGUUCAACGAAAACACCUCCUUUAGCUUUAGUACCUCCAGCAGCCGAUUCCAUUAAGAAUUCUAUAACUAAAAGUGUUAGUGUUGUUAAGACAACGGCGGGCAAAUUUUUACGUUCCACCAUUACCAGUAGUUGUUCGCAACAACAACAACAACAACAAAGUGUUCUGGAUAACAACUGCUCAGCGGAAAUGAAUAUAACUGGACCAGCAGAUGACAGUGACCAUAAUAUGUUGUUUUUAAAUAAUACCGACAGUGAUAAUUAUCUUAGAAAUUCUGAACAAGAGGUUGACGGUAAACAGUAUACUGCUUCGGGAGCGGUUAAACGAAAAAUAUCCUAUUCAAUGUCCGAAACAGAUAGUGAUGAAUAUAGAGUGCCAAUGCAACGUCAAGCCAUAGAAAAUGUUCUUUCUAAUUCAUUGCAACAAAUUAAUAAUAGACUUAAUCAGCAACUUAAUACAGCCAUGGAAUUAAGGGACCAAGGUCAACGCUAUGAAGUACCUCAUACCGAAGAACGUAUAGCAGAUAUUAUGAAAGAACAUCAGAAACAACAAGAAAUGUAUAUAAAUAUAACCAACGAAUUUGAAGUUCAACGAAAAACUAGUGAAAGUAGUAGCAGUAGUGAUAGUGAAACUAUACGAAAAUGUGUGGAAAAUGGUUCAGAAGAGUUACAACAACAACAACAGCAUCAGCAACAAAAUUCCACACAUACCGUGCCACCUACAACAAACAACAAUAACAGUAGUGUUGAAACUGACAACGCACAUUUAUAAACUGAAAAUAAUUUGCAACUAUGAUUGCAAAAUAAAUAUAAAUAAGAAAUAUUUAAAAAAACAGGACAUUAAGAAAACUAAAAUUAUAAUAAUAAUAAUAAUAAUAUUGAUUGAAAUGCCUCAAGAGUGAACAAUACAGAGAAUAAUGAAUAUUUGUUAUAAACAAAAUGAAAAUAAAAUAAACAAUAUUUAUACAACUAUUUACAUAAAUAAAAUAGGUUUCUUUAAACAAAAAAAUUCCUUAUUAAUUAUU